AUAAUAGUAUUUGUAGAGUUGAAUGUGAUAAGGCUCCGAGUCCUGGAAACUUGGCAACGUGGCACGUGUGGUCCAUCUGCUUCACGGCGUGGCGGUUGCUAUCAAUCAAGUUUGAGCAACUUUAUCAAAGAAAGAAACUUCCUCUUAAUUUUAGUUGAAAUUCAACUGUAAAUUUUCUCUGUGGGUUUUGCUCAAAACGAAGCUGAGGUUCUCUGAUUUUGUCACUUUUAAGAAUGGCAAGUCCUAUGGAGAGGGAGAUUCAUAACGUGAUUAAUGAGGAAAUUGUGUCGGUGGAGCUUCCUGCACCUCCUUCCUGGAAAAAAUUGUUCAUUCCAAAGCAAGGGAGUACACCAAAGAGGAAUGAGGUUGUAUUUAUUGCUCCAACAGGAGAGGAGGUCAAGAACCGCAAACAGUUGGAGCAGUAUCUCAAAUCACACCCUGGUAACCCUGCAAUAUCAGAAUUUGAUUGGAGUACCGGCGAGACUCCAAGGAGAUCAACAAGGAUCAGUGAGAAGGCAAAGGCAAUGAGACCACAAUCACUACUUGAAUCACCAAAGAAAAGACGCCGAACAUCAUCUGGUGCAAAGAAAGAGAGCAAGGAAGCGGAAGCUGCAAGAGUUGACCAGGAAAGUUCAGAAACAAAAGAGAUGGAAUCUGCCAAAGAAGAAAAUGAAAACUUGGAGAAGAAAGACGGAGGCGCAGAACCUGAAAUGGAUGGCAAGGGGAAGAAAGAGGUGGAAGCUGCGGAUGAAGAGGCAGAGGGCAUGAAGGGUGCUGAACUACACCCUGAGGAGAAGCCAGAAAUGGAUGACAAGGGGAAGAAAGAGGUUGAAGCUGCGGAUGAAGAGGCAGAGGGCAUGAAGGCUGCUGAAAUACACCCGGAGGAGAAGCCAGAAUCUGAACCCGAGAAAGUUAACAGUGCUGAUGAUGGCAAACUGGACAAGUCAGAAAAUGCAAAGAUUGAGGACAAACAAGUAUCUGGAGAAAAGCUGGAGUCUCAAAGUGACAAAGAAAGUCCUGCAGCUGAUGUGAAUGAGAACAAGCCAGAAGCUGUCACCGCGGAAGGGAUCAAUGAAGCAGUAGGGGGAAGUUCCAAAGAUGUGGAAAAUGCUGUUACUGGGGAAUCUAAUGAGGGCAAAAAUAGGUCGCAAGAAGAGGAGAAAGAAAUGAAAGGAACUGAUUUGGUUAUGGGAAAUAACAAGAUGAACCAACCAGGGCCGGCUCAUUCCCAGCAGCAUCAGUCACCUGCACCUAUUAGCUGCUGAAUGUAUCUCCCUUUAGGACAUCUCAUGUUACAUGUUUACUGACUUUUGGAUUCAUUUUGAUUAUUGUAAUAGAAAUCUGUGGUAGUUUAGGGUCUAGAUUUCAACUUGAUCUUUUAUGUGUAUGUAGUUUGUUUCUAUUGUGAUACGCUGAUCUGUCAUUAAACCUUGAUGUAGAAUAUAUUAGCUGAAUCAGCGAGUUUACGGUUUCCUAUU